AUGGCUCUUUGGGCAGCGUCGCAAAGUUUGCGUGGUCCUGCGCUACAGCAAAUGCUGCAAACUUAUGAAAUGCAUCAAUUUCAUAUAGAAAUUAGAUGCGUCUUUGCCAACUGGAUAGAAAAUCAGUUUUGGAGUUUAGGACAAAAUCGAGAUGAAUUGACUGCUAUUCGUGUCCGUGAUGAGUUGCUGAGCCUCAUGAGACAACAAACACAGCAGUUGGAACAAAUUUCCACGCAGGAUGCACUGCUGCAGUGGUCUCGUAUGACCAAGUAUAUCGAAGAUUUUAAGAAUCGAUUUCAACAGAAUCCUAUGAGACUAUUGGAUAUUCUUCUUGAUUGUCUCGAGACAGAAAGGAAAUUGUGCCAAGAAGCUACAAUAACCUUGAAAGGGAAUGAUGAGUCAUCCAAUUGGCCGAACGGAAAUAAUAAUAUUAGCACUGCGGCUGAAGAUAUUCGUAAAAUCUGCAGCCAACUGCAUAUGAUCACGAUUGAUGCUGAAAACGAUUGGAAAAAUAUUCAGCAGCUGCGAGAAAAUUUGAAUAUUUUAUAUCAUCAUUGGAAUAAACUUUUAGAAGAACACCCAGAGUGUAGGUAUCAGCCAGUUCCCAAUUCUAAAUAUCCUUCCAGUCAGGGAAUUGCGGAAAAAUUUGCUAAAAUUGUUGAGGGAGUCAAGGUACUACACUCAAAGGUACUUGAUGUCCAAUUAUUUGAAUGGAAGCAGCGUCAGAAGGCACUAGGUGGAAUUGAAAACUUGAUGAACACUCAUUGCGAGGAAUUAAAACAAAUUCAGCUAUGGUGUGAAAGUAGCUUAGAUACUAUUUGGCAAACCAAAAUUUUAGUGGAGCAGCUAUUAGCAGUAUGUGAUAAGAACCUGCAUGCAAACGAUCAGGCAGUUAAGCCUACGUUGGAUAUUAUACUUCAAGAGCUGGAAAAUCUCCUCUCGGAACUUGUGAACAAAGCAUUUGUCAUCAUGAAGCAACCUCCUCAAAUAAUUAAAGUAGAUACAAAGUUUGCCGCAUCUGUUUGCUCACUAAUUGGUACAAAACUGAAUGCCUUUUCUCAAUUAACGGACGUUAAUGCAUACAUUCUAAGUGAAUCUCAGGUUCGAAGUUUGCGCAGCGGAAAUUUUCCGCCUGAUUUAGGUGCUAGUGGUAAAAUUCUUAAUAGCUGCAAGCCAAUGCAAUUCGACAGUCAAACAAGAAUGUGGAAAGUUGAUUUAACGAAUAUGAAAAUUGGUAGAAGAGCAACUGCAAAGGGUGAUGAGAUGGUAACAGAACUAAAGUUUGCCAUCCUGUUUACAUCCGAAUUUACUAUCCAAGCUAAGAAGAUUAUAGUUAGGGAUGUUUCGUUGCCAACUGUUAUAAUUGUAAAUACAAAUCAGACUGCGAAUGCAAUGGGCACGGUCGUUUGGGAUAAUUAUUUUUCUUCUCCGAAUCGUGAAGGUUUCGAAGUGCCGAAAGAAGUCAAGUGGCAAAGUAUUGCUCACAUGCUAAACACUGAAUUUUUCCAUAGAGUUGGAAGUGGACUAUCGGAGGAAAACCUACAAUUCUUAGCUUGCAAAUUAAUCGCUAAGGAAAGAGCAAAAGAAAUUCUUUUAGGGUGUGAACCUGGAACAUUUCUGUUACGGUUCAGUUCUGGGAAACCGAAAGCAAUUAGUAUAUGUUUUACUCGAGUUGAUCGCUCAGGUCAGAAAGUAGUGGAAUUUCCUGAACCUUUAGAUGAGAAAAAAUUUACGCUUAUGAAGACUUUAUCGGAAUGUUUAUUCGAUAUACAGCAAUUUAGAUAUGUAUACCCCAAAGGAAUUUCUAAAGAAGAUGCAUUCCGUAGUCAUUACAGCGGUAGCGGUAAUCAGAUAAGCUGCAGUCGAGAAACUGCCGGAAGCGAAAAUGGAAAAAGUAGUAUAUAUGAUAAAUCAAGGCUGAAAUUUAAGCUAUUUUUGGAUGAUAGCACUGGAUCUGAACCUUCGUCGACGUGUUCAACACCUCUUUCUACGCCUCAAGCACUCACUCCAUCAGUGGACCAUGACUGUGAAAUGGCGGGGAUUAACGUAUACUCAGAAAUGCAAGAUGUUUCAGACGAUUUUGUUCGGCACCUUCUACAAGGCAAUGCGGUUGACGAAUCUGAGAAUUUCAACUAA